AUGCAGUUUGUCGUUGACAUGUGGGAGGAACAAAUAGUCGACGCUUAUCGACUGGAAGCUCGAGGAAGAUAUCUCAUCGCCAUGCGGACUCGACUCGAUGCAAUGAGAGAUUAUGUUGCAAAAGGCGGACAGCCAUAUAAACCCGACGAUGACCUACCAGCCGACGCCGACCCUCCGACAAUGUUGCCUGGCUUUGACGUUUUGACCCAAGACUAUGGUUUUGGGACACCAGACCAUCGUAGUCUUCAAGGCUCCUGGCGAUGGGAGGGGAACAUUGGCCAAGGUAGCAAUGGCUAUGCGGGUAUUUGGCUACAGUAUGAUGCUACGGGGAAUCUAGCGCAUAGGGUUGUCAUCAAAGAUACCUACAUGCCGGGCCCAUCAUGGGAUUAUCCUCAGAUGUGGUAUGAUCUGCCAGCGCGGGUGCCUAACGAGGUUGCUCUCGCUCAGAAGCUCAACAACUGCGUGGACUCUUCUAUCAAUUUACAUCCGCAGUGGACAUUAAGCCAAGGAAUAGUCAGUACUUCAUCUUUUGGAUUCUUUUUAGGAGCACCAGAUCUACUCAACUGGCGCGGGAUCCCAACCGCGAAGCUCGGUGAUUUCGGUUUGAUUACUGAGAUUCGAAAUGGUGGAAUAGGUCGCGCUGGCACUGACGGAUACAUAGCACCUGARCGAGAAGAUGCAGAAGAUACCUAUGACUUGAAUCAAAGUCUCUCAGAUCCAACCAGAUCAACAGCAAGCGACAUAUGGUCCAUAGGUCGUAUCAUGCACAGUUUAAUGAACCUCCAUCAAGACGUCGCUCCCUUUUACGACCUGGAAACCGACGAGAAUAAAUUCCCAAUCUACUCCGAGGGCGUUCGUGAUUAUUAUGGAGAUGUCGCUUGGGAACUCCUCGAAUUGGUUGAAGGGUGUUUGGCAACUGACCCUCAGCAGAGAAUUACGACUAGGGACCUUUGGGGGCAGAUUCAGGAUGAGAUUGUAAGGAGGAAUGAUUUGAGACGGGCGAGGUUGGCGGCUGGUGAGGUUGUGUGGUAUAAGCGGGAUCCGUAUGCUUUGUGGGCACGGUGA